AUGGGCGAAGAGAAAGAGAAGAAGAAGCGAAAGGAGAGGUCCAGGUCCCGAUCGAAGGGGCGCAAACAGAAAGACGACGAGGAGGAUGAGGAGUAUCAAAAACGGCGGGACGCCGAAAGGGCUAAGAAGGAAGAGGCGCUGAAGAAGCGAGAGGAGCAGCGUCAGAAAGAGGAGGAGGAGCAGGAACGCCAGAAGAUGGAAGAAGACGCCAGACGCAUGGACCGAACCGUCAUGGUCGUGGGUCUCAGCACCCGCGCGGACGAGCGGGACGUCUUCGAGUUCUUCAGCGGCCGCGCCGGGGUGGUCAAGGACGUCCAGAUCAUCCGGGACGCGCGUACUGGGAAAUCUAAGGGGGUUUGCUUCGUGGAGUUCUCCGCGGCGGAGGGCAUGGUGAAGUCCCUGAGCAUGACUGGCCAGACCAUCAAGGGCGCGCGGGUGAGCAUCCAACAGUCUCAAGUGGCGGAGGGCCGUGGAACGCAUGCCAGCAGAGGGCACAUGUGA